CUGAGGAAAAAAAAAAAAGCGGCGAGCGGGGCGGGUCAGGUGUUGAAGCCGGCGCGGGUUGGAGGACGGUCCUGCGCUGGUCCCAGACUUGUGUGUUGGCGGCCCCCGCGCGUCCCUCCCUCGCGAUGCUGUGGAGCUGGACCGGCCCUGGAGUCGGCUGCCGGUUGCCAAGUCUCCCCUCGCCUCUGCACCGCGCUCGGCAGCCCCGCCGCUGCCCCUGAAUCGCCCGGGGGGAUGCCCGCGGGCCUCCCGGAACCGGCCGGUGCCGCUGCCCCGGCCGUCGCGAGCGCCUCGGGGACCGUGAGCCGGGCCCCCGCCGGCCCGCUGCCCGUCCGGGUGGAGGGCGCCGCCGUGGCCCUGGGCGCCGUGACUAAGGCCCCCGCGAGUGUCUGCGCCGAGCCCGCGCCCUCGCAGCCCCUGCGGGCCCCCGUGGGGACCAUGGUGACCCAAGUGGCGCCGGGCAGUGCUCUUCCUAAACUGGGCAGUAGCCCCGGGCUCCCCGCUCCUCAGAUAGUCACCGUGAAAGCCCCCAACACCACAAUCCAGUUGCCUGCUAGUUUGCAGCUUCCUCCAGGAACAGUUUUAAUAAAAAGUAACAGUGGUCAGUUGAUGUUGGUAUCUCCUCAGCAAGCUGUAACAAGAAAUGAGACAGCAAGUAACAUAACUUCAAGGCCAGCUGUACCAACAAAUACUCAAACAGUCAAAAUCUGUACAGUGCCGAAUUCUGGUUCACAAGUAAUCAAGAAAGUAGCAGUGGCACCUGUUAACAAAUUGUCACAAAUAGGAACUACUGUGGUAACUACUGUUCCAAAGUCUUCCUCAGUUCAGACAGUGGCAGUGCCAACCAAUGUUGUCACAGUUACACCUGUAAAACCAUUGACUACUGUAACAAACCUGAAGUCUUCGAGUUUGGGAGCAACAUCUACACCUGCAAAUGAAGCCAAGGUCAAAACACCUACUGCUCAGGCUAACCUUACUCCAACAAUGUUGGAAAAUGUGAAGAAAUGUAAGAACUUCCUUGCAAUGUUAAUAAAACUAGCAUGUAGUGGAUCACAGUCCCCAGAAAUGGGGAAGAAUGUAAAGAAACUGGUGGAACAACUUCUGGAUGCAAAAAUUGAAGCAGAAGAAUUUACUAAACAACUAUAUGUUGAACUCAAGUCUUCACCUCAGCCUCACCUCGUUCCUUUUCUUAAGAAAAGUGUAUCGGCCUUACGACAACUCAUGCCUAACUCCCAAAGCUUUAUUCAGCAAUGUGUUCAGCAGACUUCUAGAGAGGUUGUCAUUGCUACCUGUACAACAACAGUGACACCUCCUCCUGUGGUGACAACAACAAUUUCCUCAACCCAAUGUGAAAAGUCCUUGAUUGUUUCUGGAGCAGCACCACCAAGAACUGUGUCAGUACAAACUCUGAAUCCAGUUGCUGGUCUGGUAGGAGCAAAAACUGGAGUUGUGACUCUUGAUUCUGUAGGGUCAGCCACUGUACCAGCAGGAACAGCCACUGGAACUAUGUUGGUUCAGACUCCAAAGUCUCUUAUGACAUCUGUACAAAAUACCGUUAAAGCAGUUGCACUUCAACCUGAGAAGCCAGUUGUCUCUGGGACACCAGUAACACUGACUCUCCCUUCGGUAACCUUUGGAGAAACUUCAGCAGCAGCAAUUUGUCUCCCGUCUAUGAAACCUAUUGUUGCUUCUACUCGGACCACAUUUGACAAGCCUGUCAUUGGUGCUCCAGUCCAGAUCAAACUUUCACAUCCAGGUCCCAUUCUUUCACAACCUGCUGGCAUUCCACAGGCAGUUAAAGUCAAACAACUAGUAGUCCAGCAGCCUUCAGGAGGUAUUACAAAACAAGUGACCACACUUUCCCAUUCCUCAGCAUUGACCGUUCAGAAAGCUGUACAGAAGAUGCCAGUUACCACUGCAAUACCUCCCAGUCAGUUUCCUCCAGUUUCAAUUCUAAAGCAAAUUACCCUGCCAGGAAAUAAACUUCUGUCAUUUCAAGCAUCUCCUAUUCAGAAAAAUAAAAUAAAAGAAAAUGGAACAGUGUUCUUCAGAGAUGAAGAUGACAUCAAUGAUGUGACUUCUAUGGCAGGUGUAAACCUCAAUGAAGAAAAUUCCUGCAUCUUAGCAACAAACUCUGAAUUGGUUGGCAGACUUGUUCAGUCUUGUAAAGAUGAACCAUUUCUUUUCAUUGGAGCGCUACAAAAGAGAAUUUUAGACAUUGGUAAAAAGCAUGACAUUACAGAACUUAACUCUGAUGCUGUGAACUUGAUUUCCCAUGCAACACAGGAGCGAUUACGAGGCCUUCUAGAAAAACUGACUGCAAUUGCUCAGCAUCGGAUGACAACAUACAAGGCAAGUGAAAAUUACAUCCUGUCAAGUGAUACCAGGUCACAGCUAAAAUUUCUUGAAAAGCUGGAUCAAUUGGAGAAGCAGAGAAAGGAUUUAGAAGAAAGAGAAAUGUUACUUAAAGCAGCCAAGAGCCGUUCUAAUAAAGAAGAUCCAGAACAGCUGAGAUUAAAGCAGAAAGCCAAAGAGCUACAACAGUUGGAGCUUGCUCAGAUACAAUACAGAGAUGCUAAUCUCACAGCUCUUGCAGCUAUUGGACCAAGAAAGAAGAGACCACUAGAAUGCGGACCUGGAAUGGAGGGCUUAAAAGAUAAUUUUCUUGCUUCUGGAACAUCCAGCCUGACAGCCACCAAACAGUUGCUUCGUCCAAGAAUCACAAGAGUCUGCCUCAGGGACUUGAUAUUCUGUAUGGAACAGGAAAGGGAAAUGAAGUACUCGCGAGCACUAUACCUUGCUCUUUUGAAGUGACCACUCCACUCUCCAUCCAGAUCUUUGCUAUUUACUGCCAAAGAAGACAUAAGAAACAUUGUUGCACUGUCCUAAAAUUUCAGUUUCUAGAAAGUAACCAUCAAUAUGGAAGAUGAUUGUUUACAGUUUUAAGCUUUAUUAUACCUAUACCUGUCAAAGGGUUCAUAAUGACUAGAAUUCAGCCUUGUCAAUUGGUUAUGAAUGCAGUUCACAGAAAUGGGCAUCUACCUAUAUGUUUAAUCCUACAUAUUAAGGCCCUAUUUGUUACUCCCUGCUUCAUUUGCCAUCUUCACAGGUGAGAUACCUUUUCCUAAUACGACCUGCAUUAAGACGCAGGGGAGAAUAAGUGUCACUCCUUUCCAAGGAAAAUAUAUCUCAUCCUAUAAUGAACCUGUCUCAAAGGGUUAGGUUUUCUGACUGAAAUCACAAUAACGGCUCCAGAACCAGGAGCUGGUUAUUGAAGAAUAGUUUUCAAAGCCUUAGCCGUUGUAACAGUUACCUUUUGUAGUUGAAGAUGACAAGCCACAGUAUAGGUCUUGAGGUGACUGAGCCCCAGUGUUGUCAAAACCAAGACAUGGGGGAUAAUUUGUGGCUAAGGUUUCUGUUCUCUGGUUCACAUCACGGUGUGCUCCUUUACUCCCUCUUGUACUAAAUGUGGAUACAUCCUUGUUGGGGGAAUCUAAAAUUGAAUCUGUUGGGCUACUUUGUUGAAAAAUAGAAGAGUGAGAAGUUUUAGAAGGAGUAAUUAAUUAGGAAUAAUGCUGCAUAUACUCAAGGGUGCAGUAGGAAAUGGGAAGUCCAGAAACACUUGGUACAUGUUUCUUGACAACAACAAAAGUCGUAGCUCAACAACAAAAGGAAAUAUAAGCAACAUUUUCAAAGUACGGUAUUGCAAAAGGAAGAAGAGUUCUUUUUCGCUUAUGUAUUGUUUUAAAUUUCAGGUGGUUUUGUAAAAUCUUUUAGUUACCGUAAGUUUUAAGUAUCUCGUUGCAUUUUUUAAAAUUGUACUUGGUGGUUAGUUAUGUUUAACAGUGAGACUUCAUUUUGGAUUCUAUACUCAAAAGAUGGUACUGGCACCUCACUCUUGGGGAUCUUGGUUCUAAAUAUAUGAAAAGCAUGUUAUACAUAUAUGUAUGUAAUACUCAUCUGAAGAUGAAGCAGAUGUUUUGCCAAGCAAAACAUUUUUUUCCUUUCACCUGUGUGGCAUGUAGCUGGUGAAAAAUAAAAUCAUAAUUCAAAUCACAAAAGAAUGUAAAUCCUCCAAGAAUUUUUUUUUAUAUAUAAUGGGAAAGCUGUUCUUAGAAAAAAAAAUGGGGAAAACAGCUCAAGUAUAUUAUUCUUCAACCUGUUUUUUCCAUCAGAACUGUUACACCAUAUUCUGUAAGUUUUAAAUUUGCCACAGUUUUUGUUUUACAGUUAUUAUGCUAUAAAUUAUGUAUAUGCUGAGUACUUUAAGAAAGAUAUUGUUUUUGAUAUUUAAAUGCUUAGCUUUAUUUUUUGUAAAGCGCAGUAUAUGCUCAUAUUUGUGUAUAAUUUUAUUGAUGGAUCGGAUGUUUAAAAUUAUUUCAAAUACUUCAUUAAAAUAAUUAUUUUA